AUGGAGGCAACCUUUGUCCUGUCGAUUGACGAAAAAUAUCGCAUCUUCCGGAGUGGGCAGACAGUUGUUGACUUAGGUUAUGCACCUGGUUCAUGGUCACAGGUCGCAGUGAGCCGAACACAACCUAAUGGACGAGUCCUUGGUGUCGACAUCAUUCCAGCUCAGCCUCCCAAAGGGGUAUCAACAAUACAGGGUAAUUUUCUUUCUCCCGAGAUACAGCAUUAUGUCCGAGAGUUUCUCCGCGAUCCAGCCAGAGGUCGACCUCGCGUUUCAACUUCUUUCGCCUCGGAACGCCAUUUCCCAAGCUCAGCUGUGCAAGAUCCAAAAUAUUUAGAUGAGGCAGAGGUUCAUCGACCCUACACCGAGAACGAAAAUGCUACAGUUUGUGAUAAAGAGUCAGAAGAGACGGUGGAUGUGGUUUUGAGCGAUAUGUCCGCUCCCUGGGUUCAAACAAGAGGAUUUUGGAAGAGAAGUCUAAGUAACCCGUAUCACAGGAUGAUGAACACCAGCGGCGUUAGCUUCCGAGACCAUGUCGGCAGUAUGGAUCUUUGUCGAGCGGCUUUGCGUUUCAGUUUUAACGUCCUUAAGACAGGCGGUCAUUUCGUCUGCAAAUUCUAUCAAGGACCUGAAGACAAAGCCUUUGAAAAGCAGUUGAGAGAAUUAUUUGAGAAAGUCCACAGACUAAAGCCCGAGUCUUCUCGCAGUGAAUCGCGAGAGGCGUAUUUCGUUGCCAUUGCUAGAAAGAUGAAGGUCCCUAGAUCCGCGGUGUUUGAGAAUGAGGAAGCUUAA